CUGUUCCCAUGAUGCAUCUCUGCACUUGAGGACCUAAAAGGGUAAACAAUGCAGCACAUCAGAAUACAACCCCAUAAAACAUUCCAAAUUCCAUGCCUCACCAACAUUCUUUCUUCCUCUUGGCUUAUAUUAGGGGUGAGGGAUGUGGUUCAUUACAAAGAAUGAGUAUUUUGAUAGCUUCUCAUUCUUGGAACUAUUCUGCAGGUUUAUAACAAAGCUCAGAAAAUGCUAAGCCUUAAAGGAGAAUUGAGAAGUGCCAAGGAAUUGAAAGAUGAGGCAGGGGAGAGAGACAGAGAUGUUAGCAACCUGAACAGCAAGCUCUUGAGCCUGCAACUUGACAUCAAGAAUCUACAUGAUGUCUGCAAGAGACAGGGGAAGACCUUGCAGGAGAAUGAGCUCAGUCUGGAAGAGGUGAUGGUGAACAACAACCAUAACAAGAAGCCAGUGUUAGCAUUCAAGGAUUUACAGAUGGACCUUGAGCCCUCUAAACAGUGUCAUCUGAGACAACUUCAGCAACUGAAGAAAAAAUUGCUGGCCCUUCAGCAAGAACUGGAGUUUCGCACAGAGGAGUUGCAGACUUCUUACUGUUCCCUCCUGCAGUAUCAGUCCGUCCUAGAGAAGCAGACUUCUGACCUGGUUCUUCUUCAUCAUCACUGCAAAAUGAAAGAAGACGAGGUGAUUCUCUAUGAAGAGGAAAUGGGAAAUCACGAGGACACAGGGGAGAAGCUCCAUUUAGCCCAGGAACAGCUUGCCCUGGCUGGGAACAAGAUUGUCUCACUAGAAAGGAGCUUAAACCUCUACAGGGAUAAAUACCAGACGUCCCUGAGCAACAUCGAGCUACUGGAGUGCCAAGUGAAGAUGUUGGAAGGGGAACUCAGCGGGAUCGUCAGCCAGGAUCCUGAGAACAAAGGUGAUCAUUCCAAAGUGCGUAUAUAUACUUCUUCCUGCAUGAUUCAAGAGCAUCAGGAGACCCUGAAACGAUUGUCUGAAGUCUGGCAAAAGGUUUCUGAACAGGACGAUCUAAUCCAGGAACUUCGAAAUAAACUAGCUUGCAGUAACUCUUUGGUUCUGGAGCGUGAAGAGGCUUUGAUAAAAUUACAAGCAGACUUUGCUUCCUAUACAGCCACCCACAGACAUCCUCCCAGCUCCUCAGAAGAUUGUGAAGACAUCAAAAAGAUACUAAAGCACUUGCAGGAGCAGAAAGACAGCCAGUGCCUGCACGUGGAGGAAUACCAGAACCUCGUGAAGGACCUGCGCAUGGAGCUAGAAGCUGUGUCAGAACAGAAGAAAAACAUCAUGAAGGACAUGAUGAAACUAGAACUAGACCUGCAUGGACUCCGGGAAGAGACAUCUGCCCACGUGGAAAGGAAGGACAGGGAGCUCACCUUUAUGCAGCGGCGGCUGCAGGAGCUGCAGAUCCAGUUCACAGAGACCCAGAAGCUUGGUUUGAAGAAAGACAAGCUCCUCCAAGAGAAAGAUGAGUUGCUGCACCAGCUAGAGAAGGAACUGACACAGGUUCAGAACAACCUCAUGAAAAAGGAGAUGGAGUUGGAGAAGAAACAACAAAUGGCAGCAGAACUCGAAAAUGCCAUCCAGGAAGUGAAGCAAGAUAAAUGCAAAAUGGGAGCGUGUUCAGCCCUGAAAGCUGAGAACCAGAAGCUGAAGGACUAUCUGGAAGAAGCCCAACAGCAGCAAAGACUGGCAGCACAGCAAGCAGCCCAAUAUAAAGAAGAGGCCGUAAUAGCACAGGGUAACCUGGAGGAUACUCAGAGGAAACUGCAAAACUGCCUUUUCAUGGAGAAGCAGAAAGCAGAUACCAUCCAGGAGCUACAGAGAGAACUCACAGCCAACAGGAAACGAAUAGAGGAGCUGUUGUCAGAACACAGUGAGACCCUGAGGAAGCUUGAAAAUUCAGAAAAGGAAAGGAAGCAGCUUCAGAAGACAUUGUCUGAACAAGAAGCGAAAGUGAAUGAGCUGCUAGAUCAUAUAAAACUCCUGAAGCAGCAGAACAAGGAGCAAGCCUCCAGCAUAAGCAAACUAAAAGAUGAACUUCGGGAGACAACAAAGUCACUGGAGGAGAAGCUGGAGCAGCUGAAAAAAUGCAAAGAAAAGGAGAAGUUACUGGAACAAGAGUUUGAAGGACUCCAAGAGGAAGAGAGAAAGAAAGAAAAGAUGUUAAAGGAGAAUUUGAGAAAGUGUGAGGAGGAAAAUGAGAGUCUCAAAGGACAGUUAAAGCAAAGUUGUGCACAACUGGAAUCCUCUCUCUGCAAACUCAACACCUCCCAGCAAGCCAUCCAAGAGCUGAAUAAUGAGAUCACCUGUCAGAAGGAGUCCUUAGACGAUCUGCAGGUCCAGCUGGAUAUGGCUGUGCAGAGAGAGAAGCAAAAUCUCCUGAACACCGUCAGUAAGGAAAUCUAUGAAGAGUUAUCACGAAAAUCAGCCAUCUACCAAGAUGACCUGGCACAAGCACUCGAUAAGCUGGAUCAAGCAACCUCAGAAACAAAGACCCUGCACCGAAGCUUGUUACAGGCUCAAGGAAGGAGAAGCAUUCUGGAAGAUGAAAUCAUGGUUUAUGAGGAUCGAAUGAAAAAGCUUAACAUGGAAUUAAAAAAACUGCAGGGCUUCCACCAAGAGAGUGAGAUGGAGGUGCACGCCUUUGACAAGAGGCUCGAGGAAAUGAGCAACCAAGUGUUGCAGUGGCAGAAGCAGCACCAGAAUGACCUCAAGAUGCUGGCCGCUAAAGAGGAGCAGCUCAAGGCAUUCCAGGAAGAAAUGGCCACCCUGAAAGAGAACCUCCUGGCAGAUGACAAGGAGUCCAAAGCAGGACCUGGGUGCAGUGGGCUCACAAAAGCUGUAUCGUUCCAACUAUCUUCCUGUGACCUUGCUGAUAGAGAAAUUGAGCAGAACAGAGGCCCCAGUCCAGAGAAGAGAGUGCCAACUCCCUGUCAGUCCUGUAGCCUGCCCCAGCGGCCUGUGCCCAAAGAAACCUGUAGGCUGCACCGGGAGAAUGAUCAGAUUAUGUGCAACAUGGAGCAGUGGGCAAAAGAGCAAAAGAUCGCCAACGAGAAGCUAGGAAACAAGCUCCGCGAACAGGUCAAAUACAUCGCCAAGCUGACUGGGGAAAAGGACCACCUCCACAAUGUCAUGAUCCAUCUGCAGCAGGAAAACAAGAAGCUUAAAGAUGAGAUAGAAGAGAAGAAGCUGAAAACCGGGAAACAGAGGCUGUGCGCCAAAGCCCUGAAUCCAUGCAAAAUAGAGUCCCCACAAAGGGGGAAAGGAUAUAGUGCCUUUAACUGGAGUGGGGCAACCCAUGAUGUGAGCCAUACCCUGGAGGUCCGCAAGAUCAUCGGGAUACCCCACUGUCCAGAGAUCACUGGACCUAGAAGAAAACAGAUCUUUUGCUUAGCUAAUCUGGACCAGAAAUAACUGUUUCCUCAGCUGUAGCGAGAAGCAAAUUAAGGCUCGUUCUGAUCUAAAAAUCUUUGACAGCACCCAGUUGCCUCAAAUCUCAGCCCUAACCCUUCCCCUGACCCAUUCUCCCUUUUGUGAAGUGUGGAGACAAACGGGAAGCAUGAAGAAUAGGCAUCACCCUCCGUUCAUGUGUUCUGGAACUGCAUAAGAGCACAGACUGGGUCCAUGCCUACUAUUUUCUGCCCUCUAUAGACCCCAUAUUACCCAAGAAGGAAGAAGUCACCCCAUCAUGGAGCUGCCUGGCCUUGAGGCCAGUCCUUAGGAAUCACCUCAUGAAUUUCUUCUCCAAUCAAGACUGUCCUUUCUUCCCUG